GCUUCGUUUACCGAACUAGCGCGGGGUUCCCGAGACGCCCUGGGCGCUCCAGGAGUAUCUGUGUCCGUAAAAGGGGCCUAAUUCUCCCUCACACCCGAGCCCUCACCUCUGCCAAGGCACCUGCACCCCUCUGCUCCGCCCCAACCCUGCCCGAUUGCCGAGCUACGACGAAACUACAGCUCCCAGAGUGCAUCGUGCCGAAAUCUGUAGAUGGAGAAUCAGGUGGCUGGAGUCAGGUGACUUCUGGCCCGCCUUCACCUCAAGUCUAGCAGGCCGGGAGAAGCGGGUACAGUCCGAAUCGGCUCCUGCGUGCGGUGUGUUCGGUCCUCGGGGCCUUAGAGGAUCUCGGUUCCCCUCCAGCCGCGCCAGGGUUCCAUCACCUACCAGCAGUCCCGGCCUCGAGACACCGGACAGCCUCGAUGUUGAAAGGUCCGCGUGGUGACCUCUCCUGGCUCUCGCCACAGGAAUCCCCAGCGGCUGUCAGGUGGGAAGACCUAGGCUCUGUGGGCUGAGGCAGCACAUAUAGACCACACUACAGAUGUCCGUGCUCACCUGCUCCGUCUUGACACGCGGCUCACCUGCUGUGCGGCGGGUUAUGGGUGUUACUCAGUGCCUCUCCCUUGCUUCACCAUUCUCUGAGAUUGAAGAACAUGAGAAACAGUUGGCUGACUAUUUUUAUCCUUCUUCCUCUGAAGUUCGUAGAAAAAUGUGAGUCGACCAUCGACCUCACCGUUCCUCCCACUGUGAAGCUGAAAAAUGGAAGCUCAGCCAACAUCAGCAUCGCCCUUCAGCAUCCAUUAAAUGCAACCUUGGUGAUCACUUUUCAAAUCACAUUUCGUUCAAAAAAUGUUACUAUCCUUGAGCUCCCUAAUGAAGUUGUGGUGCCUUCCGGUGUGACAAAUUCCUCUUUUCAAGUGACGUCUCAAAAUGUUGGACAACUUACUGUCUACCUGCAUGGAAACCAUUCCAACCAGACCGGCCCGAGGAUCCGCUUCUUGGUCAUCCACAGCAGUGUCGUUAGCAUCGUAAACCAGGUGAUUGGCUGGAUUUACUUCGUGGCCUGGUCCAUUUCCUUCUACCCUCAGGUGAUCACCAACUGGAGGCGGAAAAGUGUCAUUGGUCUAAGCUUUGAUUUCGUGGCGCUGAACCUCACAGGCUUCGUGGCCUACAGCGUGUUCAACAUUGGCCUCUUCUGGGUGCCCUACAUCAAGGAGCAGUUUUUCCUCAAGUACCCCAACGGAGUGAACCCUGUGGACAGUAACGAUGUCUUCUUCAGCCUGCACGCGGUCGCCCUCACGCUGGUUAUCAUUGUGCAGUGCUUCCUGUACGAGCGAGGCAACCAGCACGUGUCCUGGCCUGCCAUCGGCUUCCUGGUGCUCUCGUGGCUCUUCGCGCUCAUCACCAUGAUUUUGGCUGCAGUCGGGGUUACCACCUGGCUCCGGUUUCUCUUCUGCUUCUCCUACAUCAAGCUCGCAGUGACGCUGGUCAAGUAUUUUCCACAGGCCUACAUGAACUUUUACUACAAAAGCACCGAAGGCUGGAGCAUCGGUAACGUGCUUCUGGACUUCACCGGGGGCAGCUUCAGCCUCCUCCAGAUGUUCCUCCAGUCCUACAACAAUGACCAAUGGACACUGAUCUUUGGAGACCCAACCAAGUUUGGACUCGGCGUCUUCUCCAUCUUCUUCGAUAUUGUCUUCUUCGUUCAGCACUUCUGCUUGUACAGAAAGAAACCGGGGCUUCAGGCAGCACACACGGGUUCGGACAGCCAUCCCAGGCAGGACUGGGUGCUGAGCUUGGAGCCGAAGGCCUUGACCUAAGCAACCAGUGUUUCUGGGAGCAGCCUGAAGGACUGACCCUGCAGUUGUGAACCAAGGGCGCUUUGCUGCCACUGCCAUGUUCCCAGAGACCAAGCAGCCUGGUGGUGCGGCCAAUGGACUCAGAGGUGCCGGUGCUGGUGGAAGAGGGGACAGGAUAUGGGGGUUCUCUGCGCACUCACCUUCCUGACACUGCCCCAGCUGUAAUCACAGGUGGUCUAGGCCAGGGUCUGGCAAAGAAACUGUAUUUCUGAGCCUUGAGGUACCAGACAGAUUGGUUCUGAGCUAGGCUUAUGCCCAACGCCUCUGGAUCUUUAUCACACUAACCCCUCUUGGAUUUUUUGGAGGGAGGUUUUGGAAGCGAGUGGCUUAAUUUCUUCACCUUCUGCCUACCUCCACUUUCCCAGAGUCUGGGGCCCCACAUAAGCCCCUUCAACUGCUCCUCAUCCUGCAUCUGGAGUAUAGGACGGACGGACACACACACACACACACACACACACUUCUGUGCCUUAGAGGUCUUUUAAGACCUGCCAAACGGUGGGCGUAGCUCCCCUACAGGGGAGGGCUGGCCCCCUCCCCUCACUUCCCCCAGACCCCUACCUGAGCCUUGCCAAGUUUUUGCUGUUCAGGAGCCUGACAUAGGGACUUGAGACCACCUCACGCAACCCGCAUGGGCCCAACCUUUAUUCCACACCCCCUUCCCUCCUAUCCCAGGUAGUGCUCCUUCCUGUGGCAGGAGGGGAGGGUCCCAGGAUGUGCCUUGCCGUUCACUCUCAGACUUUUUUACUACGAGAUCAAUGUGAGGUGCCUGUAUCCUUAAUUAAAACCUGAUUUGUCUCCUUUCCGCA